UGUGCUCUCAGGCUUGCCAACAAGCAGGACCAGGAGGGAGCGCUGGCUGAGGCCGACAUCAUUGAGAACCUGUCGUUAGAGAAGCUUGUUAACGAGAACAAGUGUCUCUGUCAGAUCGAGCCAUGCUCGGCCGUUCUGGGUUACGGCAAAAAGGUCGACAAGUCCAUCAAGAAGGGCCUGAAGUGGCUCCUCAACAACAUUGCCAAAGACUACGAGGCCAUUACUGAGCGCGUGCAGAAAGACACGGCGGAGCAGCGCGCUCAGGAGGAACAGGACAAGAAGGAGAGGGCGGAGAGGGUGAGGAGGAUACGACAGGAGAGGGAGCGAGAAGAGCGCGAAGAGGCAGAACGCGAGGGAAGGCCUAUCGAGGAAGAGGAGCUCGACGAGGAAAACAUCCCAAACCCCUUUCAGCCAAUCAGCAACGUGAUC